AUGGGGGAGGGGAAUAUAGGAGCCUCAGUGGGCCUGGCCCGGGCCAGAUAUUCCAAAGAUGCCAUUCUCCCUUGCAGGGCCCUUUGUGCCUACGUGGUGCAUAGGAAUGUGACCUGUGUCCUACAGGAGGGAGCAGAGAGCUACAUAAAGGCUGAGUACCGGCCGUGUGGAUGGGGGCCCAAGUGCCCCGGGACAGUCACGUACCGCACAGUGCUCAGACCCAAAUACAAGGUCGGCUACAAGACCGUGACGGAGCUUUCCUGGCGUUGCUGCCCUGGGCUCACUGGAGAAGGCUGCCCUGAGCACCUCACGGACCAUGGGGCCACCCCACCCCAGCUGGAGCCUGAGCCCCAGAUUCCCUCCGGGCAGCUGGGCCCAGGCCCUAGGCCCCCUCCUUCUAGCAGAGUGGCCCCCAGCCCCUACGGAAGGAAAGGCCCAGGGCUGUUUGGUGAGCGGCUAGAACGCCUGGAGGGUGAUGUCCAACGCCUGGCACAAGCAUAUGGUACUCUCAGCGGCCUGGUGGCCAGCCAUGAAGAUCCCAAUAGGAUGAUCGGUGGCCCCAGAGCUCCUGCUGCCCCUGUGGGCUUCGGGGUCAUCCCUGAGGGGUUUGUGAACCCCGGAGACAGAGCUGGAGGGCCACUUACACCUCCCCUGGAUGAGAUCUUGAGCAAGGUGACAGAGGUGAGCAACACACUCCGGACCAAGGUGCAGUUGCUGGACAAGGUGCAUGGGUUGGCCCUCGGCCACGAGGCCCACCUGCAGCGUCUGCGGGAGGCCCCCCCAUCUCCGCUUACCUCCCUGGCUCUGCUAGACGAAUACAUGGACCAACGGCUGCAUCUGCUCUGGGGUAGCCUGCUGGAUGGCUUCGAGCAGAAGCUGCAAGGUGUCCAGAGUACAUGUGACCUGCGCGUGCAGGAGGUUCGGCAGCAGUGCGAGGAAGGCCAGGCGGCCAGCCGGAGGCUGCACCAGAGCCUGGAUGGCCGGGAGCUGGCCCUGCGCCGGGAGCUGUCACAGUUGGGUACCCGGCUGCAGGGCCUGACUGUGGCCGGCAGUGGCAGCUGUUGUGGCCGGCUAGCCGUGAUCAGUGCCCGCAUGGACAGCCUCGAGAGGAACCUGCAGGCAGUCACGGAGGCCCAAAGAGGCCAUGGCCCCACCACCAGGGAUGAACUCACGCGGCUCUCUGCUGCCAUGCUUGAUGGCGGUUUGGAUGGACUUCUUGAGGGCCUGGAGACUCAAAACGGGACUGAGAGUGGAGUGAGGAGCUGCUGUAGCCUAGAGGAGCGCCUGGUGACACUAGCUGGGGAACUAGGCCAUGACAGCACUCCGCCAGCCAGGUCGGCAUGGCCCCUGGUGCAGACAGAGCUGGCUGUGCUGGAGCAACGGCUGGUGUCGCUGGAGACCUCGUGCACCCCCAGCACCACCUCAGCCAUCCUGGACAACCUCAUGGCAGAGGUGAAGGCCUGGCAGAGCCAGAUUGAGGCUCUUCUGCGCCAGGUGGCCAGUCACACAGCCCUGCUCCAGCAGCUCAAUGGCACUGUGGCCCAGGUCCAGGGAAAGCUGGCAGAAGCAACGGGCAGCUCACUCCAGGGCGAGAUCACGCUACUCAAGGUCAGUCUGAACUCCAUGAGCAAGUCACUCACAGGCCUCAGUGACUCUGUCAGCCAGUACUCUGAUGCCUUCUUGGCUGCCAACACAUCACUGGAUGAGCGGGAACGUAAGGUGGAGGCUGAGGUACACGCCAUCCAGGAGCAGGUCAGCAGCCAAGGCUCACGGCUUCAGGCUGGCCACAGGCAGGUCCUGAGCCUGCGGAGGGAGCUGGAGCAACUCAAGGCCGGUGUGGCCGGCAUGGCCGGCGGGUUGAGCCGCUGCCAGGACACAGCCCAGGAACUCCAGCAUGCAGUGGGCCACUUCGACCAGAGGGUGGCACAAGUAGAGGGUGCAUGUGAGAAGCUGGGCCUGAUGGCUGCAGACCUGGAAGGCUUGCCCACAGAGCCACUCAGGCCCACGGAGGGCCUAUGGGGCCACGUCGACCAGCUGAAUCGCACGCUGGCCCAGCACGCACGGGACAUCGCCCGCCUCCGGGACGACCUGCUCGACUGCCGGGCCCAGCUGGCUGAGCAGGCACAGCCAGGGCAGGCCAAGUAGGUGGGCUGGACAGGACCCAACCCCCAGAUCCCGACAACCCUCAGGACAUCAACCCAGAGCCCAGACCAUGCCUCCCAGCCUCCCCUGGCCAGCGUGGAUGUCACUUCAGAGACCACUGAAGAAACAGUCUUAUUCUAUCUCCACAUGACUGUCUCAGGCACCAACAUCCAUGCUCAGUGCUGCACCCGCUGGAUAAUUCAGGAUAGCAGUCCAGGCAAGUUCAUCAUGCCUGAAGGUCAGAGUGGACCUCAGAGACCGAACAAUCCACAGUCUGCAAACUGCUUUUCUGUGGACCUGAGUCAGCACCUGUGCAAAGGCCUGCAGGGCCAUUCUCAGACAGUGGCCUGUCCACAUCUCCCUUUGCCCAUGGGCAGUAGGCCCCAGCCCAUGGAGGCCUCUGGUUCCUUUGUCCCCUUAGCUUCUCUACCCAGCCGUCGGGCUUGGUUUCUGCAGGAAGGUGGUACCCACCGGCACUGCCCUCACACCUAGCAGCUUCACAAAUGUUGUUUCUGAACCAAGGGCCAGAGGUUGCCACUGCCCCAUCCUGAAGGAUGGAAGAGAAACAUAAAGACUCAGCCAAGGGUUCUCUUUAUUCCUGUCGAUCCUCCCCCACAGUGAGGGGGCUUUGGCAGCUGUAGAUUCCCAGAGGAGGACUGGGUCCAGGCGACCUGUUUGGAGACCCCAAUUCAACUCAUCCUUUUCCUACUCUAAGGAUGUUUUCAGGACACUGGUUCCCACAUGGUCCUCCCCUUUCCAUUUGGGGGGAGAUCUCUCCUUCCAGGUUAGGGCCUCUCUCCAAAGAACGGCCCUCUUGUAUGUCAUGGCCUGAACGAGGCCAGACCCUGGGCAAGAGGCCACAGCUGGAGGGAGAGGGCUCAAGGCCUAGUUUCCAACAUCCUUGCAAGCCCGGCCAUGCCUGGAUAUUCACAAAGUCAUGAGAAGUUCAGGUAUGACACCACCAAGGGACAAUGUGAAAACACACGUGUUCAUCCAGCCUGUGCUGUUCCCAGAGAACCUGAUGCUCGUCUCUGCUGGGGCUCCUGGCCUCAGUUUCCACACAGCAGCCUGGGCCCUCCUGGGUUAUUUUGUAGGUUCCUAUACCCCCGCCUCCUGGUUUCCCAACAUUUGGUAUUCUGCCCUCCGCUGUGGUGCUGUUGGGAAGGGCAGGCCUGGAUUAAAGCUUUUAGCCCA